GUGGCGCGAGCACGUGCGGCGCGUCGAUAGGACUGGUAUCAACAGGAAGCGGGGGUUAGGGGGACAUGAGACGCAGGUGAAAAUGGCUCGGCAGUGGACGGUGAUGGCGGCGCUGGUGGCGCUCUGCGCUUUGCCGGCGACCUCCGGAUGGCUGCUGGAGGGCCUGGUGGCCUCCUGGGUGGUGCCAGAUGUGCAGGCUGGUGACAGGAACCGCGUGCAGCCCAAGAGGACGCAGCCACUCCAGCUGCCUGAGGAAAAGGAACAGGAGCCGAUGGAGUUUGUGCCACCACGGCCUCACCCGGCCACGGAGCCCCCGGAGCGGAAGCCCCACCGGACACCCCCGGGCGCCGACGACAAGGCCACGCCCACCGUGCGCGACAUCGAGGCCACGGCCCAGCUGUACCGCCUGCUGAAGGAUCGGAGACGCAGCGACAGGCGAUCCAUGGCCUCCGCCUCCUCGUGGCGCCAGAGCAAGCCGGCCUGCAUGCAGCGUUUCAUCUGUGAAGUGCACAUGCAGGAAGACCACGAGCUGGCCAAGGCCGGCGACGUCGAGAAAAACGUUGCCAACACGCUAAGACGGUUCACCCUGGAGCUACCGGACAGCGCCGCCUACCAGUACACGUACGCGGCGCACAUGGGCCGGCUGAUGCGCGACUCGCCCAGUUCCAGCUGCCACGAGAUGUUCAGCUCGUGCCCCUUCAGCCGCGAGGACAUGCUACUGCUGAUGCAGUCGCUUACCGUCUCCAAACCUAGUCUGGCGUGAAGGGCGUCCGUUGGUCCACCCUGGGUCCGCCUGUCUGUGAAGCGCGUGUAGUGUUCGUCUUGCGACGCUUGAGAUGGGCCAAACUAGAAGUGAAGUUUCCGGGGCAGUUGCUAGCCCUGGGCCUCUUCCUCAACUCAGUUCUUCUUUCAUUUUCUUGAACUUUUUAGCCAGUUCCCUGAAGUUAUAUUGUUCAAACCGCUAGGAUGUACGUUUUUAGACAUGGUGAUUAAACGCUCGCUUAGCGCCUCACCAACUCAUCUCGCGGAACUGCGCCCUCGGGCCUAAGCCUAGCAAAAGUCAAGCGCUAAGAGGUUCCCCGGUGUUGGAUCGGUCGAACGCCAGACUGCAGACUGCCGAGUCUGAUGGGCGGUGAUAGGACGCUACCGAGUCUGAUGAGCGGUGAUAGGAUGCUUUUCGCUGGCUUUCGACCUCUAGUCAAGCCACCCAGUUGUAAUUCCCGUUCCAAGGAAUCCGGGGUGACGAGCUAAUGCAUGUGUAGUGUGUGUCCAGUCAGGCGGCCGGCCCGACGAAACUGUGGCUCUGGCCUGGACAGAUUUCAGUAAUCGGUAAAAGUCUCUGUCUUUUGAUGUUGAAGGCAGUUGUGCGUACAGGAUGCCUUAGCGGGUGUGGUGCAGGCGUAUGUGAAUGUGGUUCUGUGCUUUUCGUAUAAAUGCAUUCCACGAUAAUCGGAGUUCCGUGCAUCGUCCGAUGAUUGCCUGUGAUCACAAACGUCUCAAGCUAAUAUGUGUGAUCAGCCGAUGUCUGUGCUGACCUUCCCGAGGACGGGUGCCUGGAUACUUCAUUUUUUUAUAAUACGGCGUUGUGCACUGCAACAAUCGUCAGAACAAACCACAUCCCCAGUUCAGUUCUCACUCAAUUGGUGCAUCUUGCAUUCAGGAUCUAGACAUGGAUGUGAGUUGUGAAUAUGGCUUGAAUGAUGCAUGUUUGAAUCAUAUACAUCUGGAGUAUUUGUUUUAAGUAGUGUUGU